CUCUCUGUCUCUGUCUCUCUCUCGAAACAUCCAUGACUGGCCGUCGUUGAUUUAUGUUCUUCAAUGAUCAAGCUGCCACAAGUUUCCAAAACUUGUACAUCAAUUUUCCACUUCGAACAACCACAAACUCCUACUACUGAGCUCCAUCGUCGCCAAUGCACUACCACAUCUCUGUCGCUACUAGGGUUUUUUCCGUAACCACAUCUUCAAUUUCCAUCUCUCCCACCUUCACCACUCUCCAGGGUUUCGAUUUUCCAUACACUCCCAACACAUAUUUGCGCAAUGCACCUCCACAUCUUCUUCAAUCUGUCUGUUCUAUCAAUGUUCUAGCCCUAGGUUAGUCACUGACCGACUAACCCUAAGUUUUGUUCACAUUUGGGGCAAAUACAGUGGAACUGCUUCAAUGUCAGGACCGCGAGUGAAAUCGAUGAACUGUGCUGCUGACUCAGAGACCCGACCGGUGCUUGUACCGGCCGGUAACAAGGCGAGAUCGGUGGAAUUGCGAAAGCCGGGGUCAAAACCGAAGAGUAAUGUUGAGAAGCCCCAGGAAAUCGAUGAAGCCAGGGCAAAGAAAGCUCCAUCAUCACCAAAUUCAACCCCAUUGCCCAAGAACUAUUUGACUGUGCAGUCGGUUUUGAAGCAGCAGGACCAUAAGCUUUUGAGGUCGAAUUUGUCUCUGAAUGCGUCGUGUUCGUCGGACGCGUCAUCCGAUUCAUCGCAAAGUCGGGCGUCGACGGGGAAGAUCAAUCGGACGCUGAAGCAGAUUCGGAGGAAUCAAUGCGGUAUAAAGAAUGAGAAAGUCGGUACUGAUAUUGAUACUGUAUCAGUGGGUUCUGCUGAUGGUGCAGCAGUUAAGAAGAGGUGUGCUUGGGUAACGCCAAAUACUGAUUUAUGUUAUGCUGCUUUCCAUGACGAAGAAUGGGGAGUUCCAGUCCACAAUGACAAGAAACUGUUCGAAUUGCUCAGCUUAUCCACUGCUUUGGCUGAACUUACAUGGCCGGCAAUUCUUAAUAAAAGGCGCUUAUUUAGAGAAGUCUUUCAGGACUUUGAUCCAGUUGCUGUCUCAAAAUUAAAUGAGAAGAAGAUAGUUACACCAGGAAGUGCUGCCAGCUCUCUUUUAUCAGAGCUUAAGCUUCGAGGUAUCAUCGAAAAUGCACGUCAAAUUUGCAAGGUCCCAAUUAAGACAUCGAAAGCAGAUGCGAUAAGCAAAGAUCUCGUGAAAAGAGGGUUCCGAGGCGUGGGGCAAACAGUUGUCUACACAUUCAUGCAAGUGGCUGGAAUGACUAACGAUCAUCUGAUCAGCUGCUUCAGAUUUCAGGAGUGCAUAGCUGCAGGAGAGGCUAGGGAUAAAGAUGACAACCUCAAGACUAAGGUCCAAGGGAAGCAACCUGAGGCAAUUGAGUUUGGAUUAGCAGGAGCUAUUGAGGGUUUGAGUUUACCCACGGAGUAAUUUGUUAAGGACUUCUGUCCAUGCGUUGUAAUUUACACUAUGAAAGGGUGCUCAGUCACCCUGUCCUGCAAUGGGUAGUUGGGGACGAGAAGUUGUGUACAAACAAUUAUGAAUUUAUUUUUUCAACACUUUGUAGAUCUCAGAACAGAAUUUGGCAUGCCAAGAUGUGUACAAGGUGCUUACUAUGCUUUGAGAUGGAUAUUAAGCCUCUUCUGUACAGUGAUGGCGUGAUCUAACCAUUUUUG